AUGCUCGCUACCUCUCUCGCCCCGCGCCACGACGGCCACGCCGACUCGUCCCGCGAUCUCGCUACUGCGACCUCGAGCCUGAUCAAUCCGCAGUCCAUCCUUUGCUCGACGCUCAAUCCAAAUGCAGCCGAGUUCAAGCCCAACCAGUCAUACGGCUUCGCCGCAAACCAGCUUUUCGACUCAACCAAGACCUCCUCUCUGCCAGCGCCGAACAUCUCGGCGCCGCCACCAUCGACUGGCCCUCAGAUUGUCGACAAAUCGACCUUGCCCGACACAUUCGCGCCUCCUCCUCGCCUGGCGCCUGCCGUGCCGUCCUACGCACUCCACGCCGCACAACAGCACCCAACUCCGUCACAUCCCACCAUCCCCGAGUACGACCCACAAUACCCAUCCCUCCACGGCGACAUCUCCACAUCCAGUGGCGAGAGCGCCGACGGCAAGCGCCCCAAGAUCGGAGGUCCCACGCUCAUAGAGAUUGCGCAGAGCUCGAUGCUCAAGCAGGAGCUCCGACGCAACCCGGAAGACCUGCGCCUCCUCCUCUCCUACCUCCCACCCUUUGAUGUGAUCAAGGCUGGGUAUCUGUCCUACGAAUUCACCUUCCCAGUCAAGUCUGUCUUCGAUUGCAAGGGUCGCCCUUACUUCCACAACGAGAUCUACAUCGGCCGCGGCGGCGACCCAAACAAUCCGCUGUACCACGGGAACAUGAUCAAACCGCGAGAUUUUCACAACGUCCUAGACGAGGAGCCAGACGGCCUCAUCAUCUGCAUCCGCAUACACGCUGGCGUCGUCCUCUCGGAGGAGUGGCGCUACCAACGCACGGUGCACGACCUCGCCGGCAAGUUGCCCGUCUGCCACUGCCCGACGGGCACGCCGUGCCACGGCUGGGCGGACGUCUGGAUAUCCAACGCUCGGCGCUCUGAGCUGACCUACUGGAUUGACCUCAUCCGCCUCUCACCGUACGGCCCGCGCGCCUCGGGAUUCACAAUCCGCGCACCGCCUCCAGACCCGCCCCUCCCGCCCAUCCCCGAGAGUGCCUUCCUAUCGUCAACCCACAUUGCACUCUCCGCACUGUCGGUCGCCUUCGCCUUCGUGGGUUCACACAGCGGAGGAGAUAUCUACACCGGCCUCGCCCAUGAUCUCUACCUCUGGCUCACCUCCAUGGUCUCUCCGCCCGCCCUCACCGACUCACGCUCCAAGAUCAUUACGCUGCUCACCGACACGGCCGCCCGAGAGCGAUGCGGCACCGCCGCACGACUCGACACGGACGCCGUAAACCUCCUCGCGCUUUUCACUGUCCAGACUUGGCGCCGCGACAUGGCACCGUACUUCCCGACCAAGGCGCCGACUCCGGCAGAGCUACCUCUCUCGGUCAA